UUCAAAUUGUCAAGGUUGAGAAACACUGUGUUAGCACAAGGUGCAAGCUGGCUAGAAAAACCUCCAAAUGGAGCACGGCCACCUGGCAGUGUGAACGUGUCUUUGCUGGGACCCCCAGCAGAGAAGGAGCCACAGCCACCGCCCCGAUCCUCAUUCGGGGGCCGCCCUGCCUGGCCUGCCUCCCACCACCACCCUGGCUCGAUCCGGGGCCUCCGAGGAAGGGGGCCGACGGUUCCGGGGCUCCAGGGGUCAGAUCCAGCCUCCCUGCGUGGACCGCCUCGGCCAGCAACGGCGGGGCGUCGGGUCCAAGCAGAGCGCCAGGAGGGCCCUGGGAUGCGAGCCGUGGGCCUGGCCUCCUCCCGACUCCCCUGGAUGGAAUGUGCGAAGAGCUUCAAUUGGAGGGAAAGGUUUUAUAGACAUCAAAGAAUCCACACUGGAGAAAAGCCAUAUAAAUGCCUGGAGUGUGGAAAGAGCUUCAGUCUGGGGAGCAACCUUUAUGUACAUCAAAGAAUCCACUCAGGAGAGAAACCGCAUAAAUGCCUGGAGUGUGGAAAGAGCUUUAGUCAGAGUGGAAACCUUUAUAGACAUCAACGAAUUCACACUGGAGAAAACACAUAUAAAUGCCUGGAGUGUGGAAAGAGCUUUACUGUGAAUGGAGCUCUAUAUCAACAUCAAAGAAUUCACACUGGAGGGAAACCCUAUAAGUGCCCGGAGCGUGGAAAGAGCUUCAGUAAGAGGAGCAGCCUUUAUGUACAUUGAAGAAUUCACUGUGUGGCAAGAAGAUGGAGAGUAGAAGUUAUAGGCUCUCUUGUUCAUAUGCUUAAUAGCAUUGUUAGCCUGCAAGCCGUCUUAGAAAUAAUUACAAAUCAAGGGCAUUUAGAACAAGAUCACGCUGUUUUGCUUCUCUAUACUGUGCUUGCACAGGAACCUCCGUUAGCCCGAAGCGAGAAGUACAGGUACAGAAAGAUAAAACAAAAUGAAUUGGUUAAAAUAAUAAACUUUCCCUUUUACAUGUUGCUGCCUGGGUGUGUGGAGGAAAUACACCCAGUUUUGAAAACCUGGAUAGCUGCUA